AUGUAUGACUAUCAGCCAAACAAUGUGAUCGCAUCAGCAUCCACUAGAACACAUCCAAGUGGUCUCAUACGAAGAUUAGAGAAAUGUAUGGUGAAAUUAAGUCCAAUCGAACGUUUUCAUGCCCCGGAAUCGCAAUGCAGCGCAAUUGUAUGCAAAUACAUAUGCACGGACUAUGUCGCCGCCGUCAAUCUAAAAGGUGACUCCAACUCAUUGCAAUUUGCGAUUCACAUACUGAGGAAGUCUGAGAAUACAAAGAACGUAUUAUGUUCACAAACGUCCGGGGCAUUUCUUGGUGGGCAAACGGGUCAAGAAGAACACACCGAUCAACCGAAUCAAAUGCACCUUGGAAAUCCAGGAACACUAGAAUUGUGGGUCGCUCAUCCGAAUGGCGCCGUUCUAGCACCUGACGGACUGUGA